UCCGAGUUACAUAUCAGGAUGUGCGAUUGUUUUUGUGGCAAAACAAAAACCAUUUGCACGUAUUUAUUUAUUUAAUAUAAAUGUUCUUUUUCUUACGUCAUGGAGAUGUCGGAGUCACCAGAAACACGCAGCCUAGUGUCUGCUUCUUCUCAACUCAAUCUUACGGACAUUGACGCGAUUGAUGACAAGGAGUUUGAUAUUCCCCAAGUAGAUACCCCGCCCACUCUGGAAAGUAUUCUUAACGAGCCUGAAGAUGAAGAUGAGCCCUAUGUUCUGGAGGACACGUCCCUUUUGAACACAGAGAGCCUCGACACACACUCCUGUGAGACCUCCUCCCUAGCCAGCUCGGACAGCGGAGACCGGACACAUAUGAAAAGAAGAAAGAGGUUUGCAGAGAGCAGCUCCACAGUCCAUGGUUCAGUCCUCCGGCACAGCGUCCUGAAAGGAAUCUCUGCGCAGAUUGUAUCUGCAGCGGAUAAAGUGGAUGCUGGUUUGCCUACUGCAGUAACUGUGUCCAGUGUUAUAGCUGUGGGGACAUCGCACGGACUUGCACUGGUGUUUGGAAAAGAUCCGAACCAGGCCCUCCGUCUGUGUCUGGGCAGCACGGCGGUAGGAGCUCAGUACGGGGCCGUGUCCGCGCUCAGCAUCAACAACGACUGCACCAGGCUGCUCUGCGGCUUUGCUAAAGGCCAGAUCACAAUGUGGGAUCUGGCGAAUGGGAAGCUGCUACGAACCAUAACAGACGCCCACCCUCCUGGAACAGCUAUUCUGCACAUCAAGUUUACUGAUGACCCAACACUAGCUAUUUGCAACGACAGCGGAGGAUCUGUGUUCGAGCUCGCCUUCAGGAGGGUGAUGGGAAUGAGGACGUGUGAAUCCAGGUGUCUGUUCAGCGGCUCCAAGGGGGAAGUCUGCUGCAUAGAGCCUCUGCACGCCAAGAAAGAGCUGAGAGAUCACCCCAUUGCACAGUACUGCCUGCUCGCCAUGGCCUCCUUGACAAAGAUUUUAGUCAUCGGAUUGAAACCAUCUCUAAAAGUGUGGAUGACAUUUCCUUAUGGCAAGAUGGAUCCUGCCAGUGUCCCUCUAGUGGCCUGGCAUUUUGUGGCAGUGCAGAAGGAGAUUAACCCCAUGCUGGUGUUCUGCAGAGGAGAUGCGGUUCAUUUCCUCCUUGUUAAAAAAGAGGAGUCUGGUGCUAUACAUGUCAGCAAAUCGAGGCAACUUCACUUGCAGUGUGAUCUCAUCAGUUUAACAUGGAUCAACUCGCGGACGCUGGUUCUGCUGGACAGUGCAGAGAAGCUGCAUGUCAUCGACCGGCUGAGCCAGGAGGAGCUGGACAAUGUGGACAUUGCAGAGGUGGAGCUCGUGUACAACAGCAGCCACUUCAAAUCACUGGCCACCGGGGGCAAUGUCAGCCAGGCACUGGCGCUAGUUGGAGAGAAGGCCUGCUACCAGUCAGUGUGCAGUUAUGGUGGCCAGAUUGUCUAUCUGGGAACAAAGUCUGUCCAUGUUAUGACACUAAGAAACUGGCGAGAGAGAGUGGAUCAUUUACUGAAGCAGGAGCGUUUCCUUGAGGCGUUGACACUGGCCUGGUCAUUCCAUGAGGGCACUGCCAGAGCUGUGGUUGGGUUGUUUGGAGAUCCAAACAAGAGAAAGGGUGUAGUAGCUGACAAGAUGACUGAGAUCCUCUUUCAGUAUGCAGACCGGUCACUAAAGAAGUGUCCUGAACAGGGUAAAAUCCAAGUGAUGGAGCAGCAUUUUCAGGACAUGGUGCCUGUCAUGGUUGAUUACUGUCUCCUGCUCCAGCGCACGGACCUGCUGUUUAACCAAAUCUACUCGAAGCUGGGGGAGAACUCCGUGGCGAAGGGGGUGUUCCUGGAGUGUCUGGAGCCGUACAUCCUGAGUGACCGGCUGACAGGCCUUGCCCCCCACGUCAUAAAGGACCUGCUCGUCCACUUCCAGGACAACGGCAUGAUGGACAGCAUCGAGGCCUGCAUCGUCCACCUGGACAUCACCAGCCUGGACAUCCAGCAAGUGGUCCAGAUGUGCUGGGAACACCAUCUGCAUGACGCUAUGAUCUAUGUCUAUAACAGCGGUAUGAAUGACUACAUCAAUCCCAUGGAGAAACUGCUCCAGGUGAUUAGCCCGCUGCUGCGAGCAGGGAAGUCUCUAUCAGAUGAAAAAGUCACAAUGGGCAACAAGCUGCUGGUAUAUAUAAGCUGCUGUCUGGCUGGACGUGCUUAUCCCCUGGGCGAUAUCCCAGAAGACCUUGUUCCUCUGGUAAAGAACCAGGUGUUUGAGUUCCUGGUCAGGCUGCACUCUGUGGAAGCCGCCCCUGAUGAAGAGGUGUACCCCUCUAUCCGCACACUGCUGCACUUUGAUACCAGGGAGUUCCUAAAUGUGCUGGCUCUGACUUUUGAAGACUUCAAGAAUGAUAAACAAGCGCUGGAGUACCAGCAGCGGAUUGUGGAUAUCUUACUGCAGGUCAUGGUGGAGAAUUCGGACUUCACUCCCUCCCAAGUGGGCUGUCUCUUCACCUUCCUUGCCAGGCAACUCUCCAAGCCAGACAACACUCUCUUUGUGAACAGGAAGCUCUUCGACCAGGUCCUUGAAUUUCUCUGUAGUCCUGAUGAUGACUCCAGGCAUACAGAAAGACAGCAGGUUCUGUUGGAGCUACUUCACGCUGGAGGAGUGGUACAGUUUGAAGAGAAGCGGCUCAUCAGUCUGGCUGAGAAGGCUGAGUUCUACCAGAUCUGUGAGUUCAUGUACGAGAAGAAGCACUUGUACGACAAAAUCAUCUACUGCUAUUUGAAAGAUCCCUUAAGAAAGGGUGAGGUUUUUAACUAUAUCCACAACAUCCUUUCUAUUCCGGGAUACAGCCCUGAGGAGAAGCAGUCUGUGUGGGAUGAAGCUAUGGAGCACCUUAAGGAGCUGGUAUCGAUCGACCCGUCCAAAGCAGCAGAUUUGGUUGCCAUUCACUUUGCAGACGAGAUCCUCAACAUCAUUGACAAGCUGGAGGAGGACAACUUGCUGUUCCAGUUUUUGAAGUGUCUUCUGGACCCCAGGGAAGGCUCCCAAAACCAAAGACUGCUGCAGUUGAACCCUGACCUCUAUGAGCUGUACAUUGAGCUGCUGUGUCGCUUCAGCCCUGCACAAGUCACUGAGUUUUUACAAACCUCGGAUCACUACCGAAUGGAGGAAGCAGUUCAGAUUACUCGGAAACACAACUUAAAUGAGCCCUUGGCAUACUUGCUAGAAAAGAAAGGGGAUGUGCAUGGAGCUUUCCUGGUCCUGCUUAAGACUUUGAAGCACAAUCUGUCGUCACUCACUGAUGGCAAUGAAGUUGUCGGUAAUGAAUUUGACCUCAUGCGACGUGUUGAGAUUGCUUUGGAGGACACCGUUGCUCUGUGCCAGCGCAGCUCUAACAGCCUGAACCAGCAGCAGAGAGAGGCUCUCUGGUUCCCAUUAUUGGAGGCGAUGAUGUCGCCACAGAAGCUACUGAAGGGCAUGGCAUGUCACCACACCUCGGAAUCUCUGAAGCAGAUGACAAUGCAGGUUCUAAACAGUAUGACGGGAUUCAUUGCAUUGCCUUCAAUUAUACAACGCAUCCUACAGGAUCCUGUCUAUGGCAAAGGCAAGCUGUCCGAGAUCCAGGGUCUAAUCCUCGGGAUGCUGGAGACCUUCAGUUAUGAACAGACUCUCCUGGAGACGACCACCAGCCUCCUGAACCACGACCUGCACUGGUCCCUGUCGCACCUGCGGGCUGCCGUGAGCAGGGGCCUCCACCCUCGCCUGGACCACUGCAGCAUCUGCCUUCAGCACUACAGGAGGAAGUUGGAGGCAGAUGAUGAGAUCAUUAUCUUCAGCUGCGGGCACCUGUAUCACUGCCAGUGUCUGCAGAGUAAGGCGUGCGGAGUGCAGGGCGAAGGGCCGCCAAGCUGGAGCUGCUACAAGUGCACCUCCAGCAACAAGGGAGGCUGGCCUAGGGACAGGGCUGUGGCGGAGGUUCGACGGGGCAGGACCACUUCUCUGGCACAGAUUAAAGGAACAUCUGUUCAUAACACAACCUUUGGGGAUGCUCGUGGAAGAAAGUUGCUGUCGGAUCUAGCUCUAGACCCUCAGCAGACUCAAGCCUUUGACCAGCUCCGAUGCAUCUACAGGGGACCCUCCAGGCUCACCAUCCUGACGGAGCUCUCUCAUUCCCGGGGCAGCGAGAAGCCCAGUCUGCUGAAUCCAACCCAGCCUGGCUCAGGCAGCAUCUUCCACAGUGAGAACUUCCAGCUCAAACUCUCCCCUCCACCACUGAUGGAGGAGUGACAGCAGUCAGUCUAAAAAAGUUACACAGAUCUGUUACAGUACUAAUAAACACAGUCUAGACCA